GCCUCGCGCCCCUUUUCGUCGCGGCCGAAGGGCCGACGCCUCCACCCGAUGCCAUGGCCGCGCUGCGUAGCGCCGGGGAGCGCGGGGACGCCGAGGCGCUGCGGAAGGCACUGGAUGCCGCGAGCAGCAAGGACAUCAAUGCGCAGGACCUUGACUCCGACCUUACGCCUUUGGCGCUGGCAGCGCAGGGGGGUCACACGGCCUGCGUGCGGCUGCUGCUGACAGCACGCGCGGACCCUGACGUGGUCUCGGAGGACGCGGGAAACCGAGCAGCUUUGCACUUCGCGGCCUACGAGGGCCAUGUGGAGGCAAAAGUGGAUGGGAUGGAUCCCGGCCAGACAUUGUGGAGUCCCGUCCAAGGUGGUGCGGCUGCUGAUGCAGGCUCGCGCCGAUGCCGCGGCCAGCAGCACCGGUGGUACCGCUGCAGACAUCGCAAGACAGAGGGCCAAGGAGUGGCGAAUUGGCGGUGGGGACGGCGAGGAGGACAUCGAGGCUUUGAGCCAGGUGCUGGAACUGCUCGCUUAAGGAAAUCGCCGCGACGGACACGUCUCCGCGCUUCGAGUUGAGAAAGCUUUGGGCAGGAAAAGCGCAGUGCGAAGAAGGUUUUAUUGGGCCGGGCUCUAGGCCAAGCGCCGGCUGAUGUCCUGGCUUCCGUGGUAGCUUUCGAGCUCGAGUGAGACUUGUGGAAUUCGGAUCCGAUCCCCAGCCAGAGGUGUGGGUCCGAC